UCGAGUGCAAAGCAGGAAAAAUGUGCUCAAUUUGUGAGUCGAAAUUGAAGGAGUAUUAUGAGGUGGCGCUGGACUUGGUGAAGCAAUGCGGCCCUAUGCUGAUGGAGGGUUAUAGGAAGCCCAAAGCAGAUUUUACGGUUAAGAAAGAUUUCUAUGAUCUGGUCACUGUGUACGACAAGCAGAUUGAGGACUUCCUUACGAAGGGUUUGCAAACUGCCUUUCCCGAGUCUCUGAUCAUUGGUGAAGAGGAUUCGGCAGCUAACAAACGUCAAGCGGAGUUAACUGAUGCGCCCACCUGGAUCAUUGAUCCCAUUGAUGGCACUACAAAUUUCGUACAUCGCAUACCGCAUUGCUGCAUUUCGGUGGGUCUGGCCGUGCAAAAGGAGCUCGUCAUUGGCAUUAUCUAUAAUCCGCCGGCGAAUGAAUUAUUCGCGGCUUAUAAGGGACACGGCGCCUACCUAAAUGACCAGCGCAUACACACAUCCAAAGUGACUACGAUAAAUCAAGCUGUAAUUGCCCUAGAAAUCUCACUCAUACAUGCAGCCGCUGUUAGAGACAAGAAUAUCAAACGACUUUAUAAGUUAGGCUCAAAUGCCACAGCCACGCGCAGCUUUGGCAGCGGGGCUCUUGCUCUUUGCUAUGUGGCAACGGGACAAUGCGAUGCCUAUCACAUCGAUGAUCUGCAGCCCUGGGAUAUCGCAGCUGGCGCUGUUAUACUGAAAGAGGCGGGUGGCUCUAUAUACCAUACCAAAGGCGGCAAAUUCAAUAUUAUGAAGCCCGAUUUGGCAUGCGCCGGCACAGAAGAGCUGGCCAAGAAUGUAAUUAGCCUCAUUGCAGAGGCUGAUAAAAUAACUGAAUAUACAUUUAAGUAAAUGAUAUGUAAAUGAAUAUUUUAAAGCUCAGACA